CCGCAUGUCAUGUCCCGGCUGCGCCUCUGGGCCCCACGGCUCCUCCUCACGUGGCAACUGUUGCGGCUGCUGGUCCAGGCAUCUCAUCCUCCGGAGUGGGACCUGGACCCUAUCCAGCUGACCUCCGACCCCCCGGGGCCGACUGAGCCCUGGUCUUCGCACUCCUCUGAUCUCCCCCCCGAAUCGCCCCAUGCACUUACACCCCCGGCAGAGCCAGGGGGCUUUAAUUACCUGGGGUCCUCUCCUCCAACCCAGAUGUUGGCAUUGCCUCAGGAGUUGACUGAGACUUUGGUUCCAUUCCCGGACACUGAUUCAGUUGGAGAGCUGCCCCCAGGGCCAGAUCAGUUUGCUGUUCCACAUCGGGAUCUGAAUGACAAGCUAAUCCAGCGUCAAAGGCUCCCAGAGGUGGUUCCAAUGCUAGGUUGGGAUCAGAAUCAGGCCCUAGCUCUGCCUCCUCGACUCAAAAGUAAGAAGCAAACUGUAGGUCUAGAUCAGGCUGGAGGUCACCAGUCAUUUGAAAUACUUGUUCCACCUCUAGAUAGUCAGAGUUCAAAACCAACAAAGUUUAUUGUUUCACCCCCAAACCUGAAGAAAGAUCUAGCUCAGCAUCGACGGCUCGCCAAAGUUGUUGUUGGAUCUCCACUUGCAAAACAAACUCAGCAUCUAGAACAACAGUUGCAGGAUAAUGAUUUAGAUUCCAGUAUGGAUAGCUUUUAUCAUGAGGAGAACCUACCUAUGGAUUUCCUGGGGGUCCCAGAUCAAUCUCCGGAGCCAUCUGAGGAAGUUGAAAUUUCUCCACCCCUGCAGGAGGCCCAAACUCAUCAUCCAGAGCCCCCUGAGAAGGUUGAACCUUCACCCCAGCAAGAGGCCCAGGCCGAGCAUCCAGAGCCCACUGAAGAGAUAGAACCACUUCCUCUUCGGCAGGAGCCUCUGCCUCAGCCUCUAGAGCCCCCCAAGGAAGCUGAAAAUUCAGCAAACCCACAGGAGGCCUCCGCUAUAGCUCCUGAGUCUCCUGAGGAAUUGAAACCAUCUUCAGCUCAGCAGGAAGCCUCAGCUCAGCCUUCAAAUACUCCUGAAGAGGUUGAACCUGCUGAACCUCAGCAGUCAUACUUCCGCAAUGUCACCAUUAAACCUGUGGAUCUGGCGCUUACCAUAACCCCAGAGGUGACUAAGGAGGUUGCAUCUCCUCCAACCCAGCAGGAGGCCCCAACUCAGCCUCCAGAGCGCCCUGAGGAGAUUGAACCUCCAGUUCAGCAGGAAGCCCUGGCUCCGCUUCCAGAGCACCCUGAGGAGGUGGAACCUACUCCAAGCCAGCAGGAGGCCCCAGCUCAGCCUGCGCAGCCUCCUGAAGAGGUCCAACCUUCUCCAGUUCAACAAGAGGUCUCAACUGAAGCUCCAGCGUUCCCUACCAUUCCAGUGGGUAAUGAGGUGGCAGUUCAACCUGUAGGGGAGGAGGAGGCUCAUCAUUCAAACUUGCCCAAUGUUACACUUAAACCUGUGGAUUUGGAAGUUACCAUAACUCCAGAGCCUAUUAAGGAUGUUGAAUCUUCUACAUCUCAGCAGGAGACCCUAGCUCAGCCUUCUGAGCCUCCUGAGGAGAUUGAACCUUCUCCAGUCCCACAGGAGGUCCUGACUCAGCCUCCAGAGCGCCCUGAGGAGAUUGAACUUUCUCCAGUCCCGCAGGAGUUCCUAACUCAGCAUCUAGAGCUCCCUGAGGAGGUUGAACCUUCUCCGGUCUCACAGGAAGCCCUGGCUCAACCUGUGCAGCCCCCUGAAGUGGUCGAACCUUUACCAGCUCAGCAAGAGGCUCCAACUGAAGCUCCAGAGUUCCCUCCCUUUCUAAUGAGUGAUGAGAUGGUAGGUCCACAUUUCGGUGGGAAGGAGGCUUAUCAUUCAAACUUGCCCAAUGUUACACUUAAACCUGUGGAUUUGGAAGUUACCGUAGGUCCAGAGCCUAUUAAGGAUGUUGAGUCUUCUACAGCCCAGCAGGAAGCCCCACCUCAGCCUCUUGAGCAUCCUGAAGAGGCAGAAUCUUCUCCAAUCCAGCAGGAGACCCCAGCUCAGUCUCCAGGGGAGGUAGAACCUUCUGCAACCCUGCAGGAGCAACCAGCUGAGCCUCCAGAGCCUCCAGGGGAGGUAGAACCUUCUGCAACCCAGCAGGAGCAACCAGCUGAGCCUCCAGAGCCUCCUGGGGAUUUGGAACCUUCUCCAGCCCAGCAGGAACAACCAGCUCAGCCUCCAGAGCAUCAUGAGGUGUCAGUUUCACCUCCAGGUCACCAUCAUGCUCAUCAUUUAAUCUUUCCCAAUGUCACUGUCAAACCUGCAGAUGUGCAGCUUACCAUAACAGGAGAACCCACUACAGAGGUGGGACCUUCUCCAAUUCAGCACCAGGCUACAGCUCAGCCCUCAGUGCCCCUUAAUAAUGUGGAACCUUCUGCAAUCCAGCAUGAGGCCCCCACUCUGCCUCAUGAGAAACCUCCAACACAGCAGGAGACCCCAGCUCAGUCUCCAGGGGAGGUAGAACCUUCUGCAACCCAGCAGGAGCAACCAGCUGAGCCUCCAGAGCCUUCUGGGGAUUUGGAAGCUUCUCCAACCCAGCAGGAACACCCAGCUCAGCCUCCAGAGCAUCAUGAGUUGUCAGUUUCACCUCCAGGUCACCAUCAUGCUCAGCAUUUAAUCUUUCCCAAUGUCACUGUCAAACCUGCAGAUAUGCAGCUUACCAUAACAGGAGAACCCACUACAGAGAUGGGACCUUCUCCAGUUCAGCACGAGGUACCCCUUAAUAAUGUGGAACCUUCUGCAAUCCAGCAUGAGGUCCCAACUCUGCCUCAUGAGAAACCUCCAACACAGCAGGAGACCCCAGCUCAGCAUCCAAAGCCCACUGAGGGGGUCAGACCUCCAGUCCAGCAUGAGCAUCCAGCUCAGCCUCCAGAGUCCUCUACGAAUGUUGUUGCUCAACCUUCAGUACAUCCUGAGGUAACAUUCUCAUCUCUAGGUCUGGGUGAAGCUCAGCAUCCAAUGUUGCCUAAUAUCACAGUUAAACCUGUGGAUCUGGAGGUUGUCAUAACUCCAGAGCCCACUAGGGAGGUUGAACAUUCUCCAGUGCAACAGGAGGCCCCUACUCAGUCUCCAGUUCUCCCUGAGCAGGUUGAAUUUUCUCCAGCGCAGUCCAAGCCCCUUUCCCAGUCUCCAGAGUCCCCUGAGAAGGUUGAAUCUUCUCUAGGCCAACAAGAGGCCAUAGCUCAGAGUCCAGAUCCCCCUAAGGAGGUGGAACCUUCUUUAGUCCAACAGGAGACCCCAGCUCAGCCUCCAGAGCCACCUACGGAGAUCGUAGCACAACCUCCAGUCCAUAAUGAGAUGACAGUUCCACCUCAAGAACAGGACCAAGCUCAUAAUUCAAAUUUGCCCAAUGUCACUGUUAAACCUGUUGACCUAGAGCUUACCAUAACUUCAGAACCUACCGUGGAGGCCGAACAUUCUACAGCCCUGCAGCAGACUACAGCUCCUCCAGAUCACCCUGAGGUAACACUUCCACAUCCAGAGCAGGUUCAGGAUCAGCAUCCAAACCUGACUGAAGGCACAGUUCAACCUUUGGAUGUGGGGCCUACUAUAACUCCAGAACCUACGACAGAGGUUGAACAUUCUACAGCCCUGCAACAGACUACAGCUCCUCCAGAUCACCCUGAGGUGACACUUCCACGGCCAGGGCAGGCUCAGGAUCAGCAUCCAAACCUGACUGAAGGCACAGUUCAACCUUUGGACGUGGGGCCUACUAUAAUUCCAGAAUCUACGACAGAGGUUGAACAUUCUACAGCCCUGCAGCAGACUACAGCUCCUCCAGAUCACCCUGAGGUGACAAUUCCACAGCAAGAGCAGGCUCAGGAUCAGCAUCCGAACUUGACUGGAGUCACAGUUCCACCUACGGACGGGAAAGUUACCAUAACUCAGCAACCAGGGUCAUCUGAGACAAUUCUUUUACCUCCAACAACUCAGCAUUCUACAGACUAUACCAUAGAAGAGGCACACCCAACUGAGCAACCAGAACAGAAUGCCACCAAAACCAUCAAGAUCUGUGAGCUCUGUACCUGUAAAGAUGAGGCGCUGUCGUGUGUUGGUCUCAGGCCAAAGGAAAGGCUCCGCACAGUGCCUGUGCCAGAGCCCUACAACGGCACCUUCACCAUCUUAAAUUUCCAAGGAAACUCUAUUUCUUACAUUGAUGAAAAUGUAUGGCGUGCAUACCGGUGGGCUGAGAAACUAAUUCUCAGUGACAAUUUUUUGAGUGAAUUACAUAAGGAUUCAUUUGAAGGCCUGCUAUCCCUCCAGUAUUUAGAUUUAUCCUGCAAUAAAAUACAAUCUAUUGAAAGACGUACAUUUGAACCACUACCUUUUUUGCAGCUUAUAAAUCUUGGUUGCAAUUUACUCACAGAACUGAGCUUUGGAACAUUUCAGGCCUGGCAUGGAAUGCAGUUUUUACACAAGUUAAUUCUCAGUCGUAAUCCUCUGACAGCUAUUGAAGAUUCUUAUCUUUUUAAGUUGCCAGCAUUAAAAUAUUUAGACAUGGGAACCACACAAGUGACACUUACAACCAUUGAGAGCAUCCUCAUGAUGACCCUUGAACUAGAAAAACUGAUCUUACCUAGCCGUCUGGCCUGCUGCCUCUGCCAAUUUAAAAAUAAUAUUGAGGUGGUCUGCAAGACAGUCAAGCUACAUUGUGACAGUGAAUGUCUGACAAACACCACACGUUGUGAUGAAGAAAUAUCUAUAGGGAAUGCAGAAGGAUCGUUCAUGAAGGUAUUACAAGCCCGGAAGAAGAACACCAGCACUGAGCUGACUAUUGAGCCAGAGAGAGAAUCCUCAGACAGAAAUGGCGUCAGUUUGUCAGCCUUCGUGAAUGAGCAGCUAGACUUUAAUGAUGAAAGCGAUGUUAUCGGUGCACUAAAUUACAUAUUGCCUUAUUUCUCGGAGGGAAAUCUAGAAGAUGUAGAAUCAACAUUAUUACCAUUCAUUAAACUUCUUUUUUCAAAUGUACAAGAUGGAGAUAAACAGGAGAUGGGUCAUUUGAAAAACAGCUCAAAGAAACUUUCUCUUAGUCAUGAAUCCAACAAUUCGACUUACAAAAAUAAAUUGAGGAGACUCUAUUUUCUGGAAAAUUUGUUAGAUGCAGAAAUUCAAGAAAAAAUUGAUGAGGUUAAAAAGAGAGAAAAAAUUGCCAUGCUUAUACAUUCCAACCUUUUAGGUCCCAAAUUUAAACGCCAAAUCUUUCAAAAGAAAUUGGAAAUUGCCCAACCACAGGAAAACAGCCUAGCAAAGAUUCAAAGUGUAGGGAAAAGGCUGCUGAGAGUGAACAGGGUCCUCAAGGGCCCAAAGGGCAUACAGAAAAGACACUUCAAAGAAGUGGGAGAUCAGAGCAUCAAGAGGAAACAGAAUUCCCAGCCAUUUGUGGAGAACAUUGCCAAAGAAAGAAGGCUCAGGAGGCCAUCCCCAAGGGAGCUGGAACAGCCUCACAUAGUAGGGAGGCCCAGGAAAUUAGUGGGAAACUCCUUCAACACAGAGCCUUCAUCCUUAAAGGAAGAUAAGGCGGCAGUCUCUUCUUUUCUGAAACAAUACUCCAUGGGAAACCCUUCUGACUCCGCUGCUCUAGAAUCCCCAUCUGAGGUUAAAAACAAAUCAAAAGACUUAAGCUACACUAUUUUUGUUUUAGAAGAUGCAAAUGCCAGAGUUAGAAAUAUGAAGGCUUCUAAACCAAUAGCACAUUCCAGAAAAAAAUCCCUCUUUCAUAAAACUGGCUCUCGUGUGGUCCACGGAACACCCAAGGUCAAAAUGAGUCAAAAGUUCAGCAAGAAAGGUUCACUCAAUAGACUGAUGCUUGCAAAGAGGCCUCCGUUCUCUGCAGUGAGGAGCCUCAUAAACUCCCCUCCACGAGAGGCUUUUUCAUCUUCAGAACUGACUUCUCAGGAAAAUCCUUUUCCAGAAUCAUCUUCUCUUACAGAACCUUCUGCAGAAAACACUACUGCAGAAAAUGUUUUUGAAGAAAAUAGUCCUGCAGAAAACACUACUGUGCCGGAAGAAACUGUCCCUGAAAUCACUGCCAGGGAGAAUGUUUCCACUGCAGAUUCUGCUGUUACUACAGACAACUUUAUGCCAACUGUUAAACAAACCAAUGAAACACAGUGGGAAUACCACAAUGUGGGCACUGACUUACCCUCCAAGCCCAAGGGUUUCACUUUCCCAUUGCUUUCAUCCCCUGGUGAUCAAUUUGAAAGUCAGCUAAACCAGCAGCUUCGGUCCCUCAUCCCCAAUAAUGACGUGAGAAGGCUCAUUUCUCAUGUCAUCCGGACUUUGAAGAUGGACUGCUCUGAGACCCAUGUGCAACUGGCCUGUGCCAAGCUCAUCUCCAGAACAGGCCUCCUGAUGAAGCUUCUCAGUGAGCAGCAAGAAGUAAAGGUGUCCCAGGCAGACUGGGAUACAGACCAAUGGAAAACUGAGAACUACAUCAAUGAGAGCACAGAAGCCCAGAGUGAACAGAGAGAGCAGGAGUCCAGUGAGCUCACGAAAGAAGUUCCAGGAUAUGGCUAUAACAACAAAGUCAUCUUGACGAUAUCUGUGAUUGCAGUAGUGAUGAUUUUGAUUAUAAUUUUCUGUCUCACUGAGAUUUAUUCUCAUAGAACAGCACCAGAGGACAGUAAAGAAGGAAGCUCAAGCUCAAGGGGCUUUUUUCGCUUUCUGCGUAGGAGAUACUCAGCGGACAGUGAGAGUAAGGGGGGCUUUUUCUUCAGAAGGCGGCCACUUUGGCUUAGGGAUAUGUAUAGACCCCUCAACGCCACACGCAAGAAAAACAUGGCACAGAAACUACACGACAAGGAUUCUUCCGAUGAGGAAGAGAUUUUCAACAAGGAUGCAGGGGAGCUCGGCGAAGCCUCGGCAGAGAAGAUUCCAACCACAGAGUCGGCGGCCGAGGAGCCGGAUGAGGAAAGUGAGACAGCACGUGAGACCACGGAGUGACCUCCAUCCGACCUCAGGUCAACUGUGAAUGUUAUUUUCUAGUAUUGGCUUCUCAGCAUUGCUUGGAAAAUACUUAUUUUUCUCAUAUUAAAAUGUGUAAAUUUAU